UGCGUCACCGGAGCGUCGGGAUUCAUAGCAUCUUGGCUUGUAAAGCUUCUGCUCGAUCGUGGAUACACCGUUAAAGCCAGCGUUCGUGACCCAAAUGAUCCGAAUAAAACAGAGCACUUACUCGCCCUCAAUGGAGCUAAGGAAAGACUUCAUUUAUUCAAAGCAGAGUUAUUAGAUGAAGGGAGUUUUGAUUGCGUAGUGGAUGGGUGUGAUGGCGUUUUUCACACAGCUUCCCCCGUUAUAUGUGUAUUAUUAUCAGCUUUGGUAUAUGCUUUCAAAGACAUUAGCUGAGGAUGCUGCUUGGAAGUUUGCAAAAGAUAAUGGGAUUGAUUUGGUAACAAUAAAUCCAGGAGUGGUGAUCGGUCCUAUUCUACAGCCAACUCUUAAUUUCACUGUUGAGCUCAUAUUGAACAUUGUCACUGGUCGGGAACUCCCACCACUUAAUAGAUUUGUGGAUGUUCGAGAUGUUGCAUAUGCUCACAUUCAAGCAUUUGAGAUUCCUUCAGCUGCUGGCAGAUACUGCAUAGUUGAAAGCACCAUAGACGUUUCUAAGUUGUGGAAGAUCUUGCAUCAACUUUUCCCUGAGUUCCACCUUGAUGAAAAAUUUGAGGAUAAGCCUAUUAAGAAACUGUACCAAGUAUCCAAAGAGAAAAUUAAGAGCUUGGGUGUCAACUUCAUUCCUUUGGAGGUGAGUCUCAAGGACACUGUUGAGAGCUUGAAGGAGAAGGGUUUCAUUAGCUUCUGAAUCUCAACUAUUGACUUCACUGUUAUCAACUUCCUUUUUUUCUCCACUUCAUUCAGUUUUUAUUAGUUUUUCAAUAAAAAUCAUGUGGCUGU